GCGUGCGGGGAGGGGGGUGUACACAUGCUGCUGAAACGAAUCAGUAAAGAGUGUGGCUUUCAUCAUCCAGAGGAUCGCCAAGAGAUGUGGUGAUAGUUUACGCGCUUGUACGAACUCUUAAGAAGGACGUAGUUGGCGGAAAAGGGUGGAAAUCUACUCGACGAGGAGGUUCUUCUAGAAACACCAUGAGCUGGAGCUUUCUUACACGUCUGUUGGAUGAGAUCUCCAACCACUCAACCUUUGUGGGAAAGAUCUGGCUCACGCUAUUCAUCGUCUUCCGCAUCGUCUUGACCGUAGUUGGGGGAGAAACGAUAUAUCACGAUGAACAGAGCAAAUUUGUUUGCAACACCAAGCAACCUGGAUGUGAGAAUGUCUGCUAUGAUGCGUUUGCACCCCUCUCUCAUGUCCGAUUCUGGAUUUUUCAGAUCAUCACGAUUACCACUCCCACUAUUAUGUACCUUGGCUUUGCUAUGCACAAGAUUGCUCGCAUGGGGGAUGAGGAGUACAAAUCGCUGAAAAGGAAACGCAUGCCAAUUGUCAAUCGUCAAGCCAACCGCGAUUACGAGGAGGCAGAGGACAACGGUGAAGAAGUCCCGAUGAUGUCAGAGGAAAAUAAGUCACAGAAAGAAAAGGCACCCGAGAAGUCUGCCGUUAAACACGAUGGACGGCGGAGAAUUAAACGUGACGGGCUCAUGAAGGUGUACAUACUGCAGCUCCUUUCACGGAUUAUGUUUGAAGUGGGUUUUCUCUUCGGGCAGUACAUCCUGUACGGUUUUGAGGUUGCCCCAUCAUACGUGUGCACACGCAACCCCUGCCCACACACUGUGGAUUGCUUUGUGUCACGUCCUACAGAAAAAACCAUCUUCCUGCUGAUCAUGUAUGCCGUGAGUUGUCUCUGCUUGUCUCUCACUGUGCUGGAGAUUAUUCAUUUGGGCAUCAGUGGAAUCCGUGAGUGUUUCAGGCAUCGAACACAACAUCACAGUGUUGCACGCCCACGUGGCGCCACAUGUAGACAGGUUCCCACAGCCCCACCUGGGUACCACGCUGCCCUGAAGAAGGACAAAUUGUCCAUUGGAAUGAAAGCGGAGUUUAACAAGGACUCUGUUCGGGAGUCUUUUCCAAAAAACUCGCGGGAAAUAGAUCACCUGCGUAAACAUCUAAAACUUGCUCAGCAACACCUGGAUAUGGUCUUUCAGAAUGUAGAGAGCAGUCCUUCACGCAGCAGCAGUCCAGAGUCCAACGGCACUGCUGUCGAGCAGAAUAGACUCAACUUCGCUCAGGAGAAGCAAGGAAGCACAUGUGAAAAGGGUACCCGCACUUGAGUGAGGACAUGGACCAUCAUCUGCUUUCUUGUAAAGAUAAGCACUCCACCUGUGGUUGGCAUUGCUCAUCUGGGAAAGUGGACAGAGUCUACUUGUGUGUUUGUGCAUUUUAUGUUUGGCUGCUCUGAAAAGUGUGUGAAGCAACUUGAGACUGAUUUGAGCAUGAAGGUUUGUGUACACAGGUGAAUUAGUGAGAACAUGCCUGGCAGUAUUAUGGCAAGUGAACAGUAAGUUAAAAUCUUUAAGUAGUUUCUCACCAGCCAGUUAUACUUGGCACCAGCCAGUCUGCCUGAUACUCCAAAGUGCCCAAAAGCUAGUUAGGAAGAUGUCAAGCUUUAAGAACUCUUAGGCGACUGUGCAAUUUCUCUUUUGGUGGUGGUGGUGUAUGGUGUUUUUUUUUCAUAGGAAAAAAGUGGUUCUUCCAUUUGGUUUACCACACUUCUUAUGAAGUGCCAAGGGUUGCAUCUCAAAAAUGCCUUAAAUCUUAAAACUGGAGUUUACAUAUUAUCUUUGUCAUUCCCAAAUUAGAUGGACGAGCCAGUGUAAAACCAUGUAAGAAAUGUAGUUCAGAACUGUUUUGUUUAUUUCAGUAGUAGCCACAAUUAGUGUACGCUUGUGGACUGGACAGCGCCUGCCUUUUAAAGGGAUGGUUCACCCUAAAAUGAAAGUUCUGCAAAUAAUCACUCUCAUGGUUCCAAACCUGCUUUACUUUCUUCCAUGGAACACAAAAAGAUAUGUUCUGCAGAAUUUUUGCCUCUUUCACCCUUCACUUUCAUUGGAAAAAAGAUGAAGUGUGUGUUGACGGAGGCUAGAAUUCUGCCUAACAUGUUAUUUUGUGUUCCAUUGAGAAAGAAAACACUUAGAAUGACAGGACUGUGACCAAAAACGAUAGAAUUGUCAAUCUUUGAGAGGACUGAAUACGUGGUACCUUCUGUGUUUGGCCUGUGUGUUUGGAUCUCAUAAACGGAGCGCUAAUUUACCUGUAUUAACUGGAUGGUAGUAUAUUGGAAAGGCCUGUGGUACUAGCAGCUGCAGUCUCUCCAUUUUAUGACUAUCGUCACAUCUGGAACCUUGAAUCAUUUCUUGAUGCUUUUUGUCCAAAUGAACAAAAUGGAAACCUGGAAAAUACUUGAAACUUAAUUAUUGUCCUACAAAGAGGCUUUUGAUAUAUUGUUUGCAUAUUGUGUACGUUAGUUGUAUAUGAGAAGUUUUUUGCUGACUGUACCACACUAUUUUGAGAACUUCUCUGUAAACUACAAUAGUUUAAGUCUUAUGUUUAUUUUUUUGUUGUUUAUUGAUUUGUUACAUUUUCUGAAGCCUCCAGGUUCUGUUUGGCUUUCGUUCCGUUUGACCAACGGUUUGAGAGGCACACCCAAUAUUUGGAGAAUAUCAUAAUUUCUUUUGUCUUAAUACAAUGUUUCAAUUCAUUCAAAACAUUCAUUUUUAUGUUUAUUGUCUCCAUUGCUAAAUGCUAAUCAUACCAUCUUAAAUGUCUUUUUAGAUCAUGUCAUUUCAGUGUAUUUUUGCCUCCCUAUGCAAAAUAAAAUCAUAAGUUGGUUCAACUGCAGCUUUCUGUUUGUAAUUGCAAUAAGAUCUAAAAACUGAAAGCCAUAGAGCCCAAUAAUUUAUACCUUUAUUAAUUUAUAAUAAUUUAGAGCCCAAUUAUUUAUACUUAAAUCAAGUAAAUAAACAAUGCAACCUAUGAUAUUUCCACAACCAGGUUUUCCAUCUUUUUGAAACUUCACAGCAUCCUCUGAAUUUUUUAAUUUUCUAUUUUUUUCUAAGUUUUUGUAAAAAAAUGUAUUUUGUGAUAUAUU